AUGGCAUUGGCGCUCUGCCGCGCACCCUGCUGCGCGACCUCGUCCCGCGUGACGCUCGCAACAGUGGCGACGGCGGCAGCAGCGACUCGCCGUCGUCGUUUCGUACCAGUCUCGAGACCACUGUCGUCGGCGCCGACCGCUCGGGCACUCGCCUCCAACCUGGGCAGUCCGCGCGCACCCGCAUCCGACGCCGAGUCCGAGUCCGUGACGCUGUCGUCGCUGAAACCUCUGGCCGGCCCCGUCUCCGUCCCAUUCUUCACCCCAGGCCCCACCCUCGCCCCGCGCCCGGGCCACGGUAUCGGCGGCGCGGGCCGCGGCGGCACCGACGCCGAGCCGGACCCGCACCACCACAGCUCGCCGCCAGACCCCACGUCCGAGGCAGAGGUGGACGACCGCGAGUGGGAGAUGCGCGUCGCGCAGGGCAUGAUGCAUCUCCGCGAUACGCUGCCGUUACUGUUCACCGAGGCGUCGUCCAAGGAGCUGUUCCCAAACGACAUUUACUCCAAGCACAUUGUCCUCCGGAUGCCGGUCCCGUUUCCGCUCAAAGUGUCGAGUCUCCAGGCGUACGCCAUGGUCUUCAACAUUGCACGCAACGGCAUGCAGGCCCUCCACACAGACCUCAACGCCGACCUCGAGCGCAUGACAUUCUCCGCCGCACCACCACCCACCUCGCCCGCCGCCGCCGCGCGCGAAGCCCUGCUCGGCAAGGCGCCCGCCCACCGCCAAAAGCAGAUCCGGGUCCUGCUCAACGUGACCGGCCACCCGCGCCUGCCGCCGCACAAGGAAGCGUCGUGGCACGCGUCGUCGCUGUACACAUUCUCGCCAUACUCGGGCCUCAUCUCCAGCCACGAGGUGGAGACGAUCCGACCACUGCCUGGAGAAGGUGUCACAGACCAGCUCAUGAAGGCGCUGUUGGGAUGGACGAACCGCCAGGGAGUGGCCGAGGGGGCUCUGGCCGGGCCGAGGAUCACGGAUGUGCAUUUCGAGAAUGACCAUGUGGUGCGGUCUGGCGAGAAGAAGUGA